CUCAGUAGGAAUGCUAAGUGCCUGACCUGCUCUUCUCUCAUUCCUACUCCUUGUUUUAUGUUCUUCUCUGCUUUCUUUAAACUGAAGUUUUUGAAACUAAACAUGCCUCGUCUUCUUGCAGCUCUGCAGCUGCUGCUUCAUCUUUGCAGCUUUUUAGGACCAGUGGAAGGAGGGAAGGUCCUGGUGAUGCCCGUGGAUGGCAGUCACUGGCUCAGUAUGAAGAUCCUGGUGGAGGAGCUGUCUCAGAGAGGACAUGAAAUGGUGGUUCUGGCUCCUGAGACCAGCUUGGUAAUACGUGGUUCAGAUGCAUACACCACUAGGAUCUUCAAGGUUCCCUUCAGCAAGGAUGAACUGGAUGGCAGCAUGAAACAGUUGAAGGACCGCAUUACGAAAGCACCGCAGUUCUCAGACUUACUGGAGAACUUGUCAGGACUCCUCAGCUUCACUGACAUGCAGGUGAAAGGAUGUGAGGCGCUGCUGUAUAAUGAGCCUCUGAUGCAGAGCCUGCGUGAUGAACACUUCGAUCUCAUGCUCACAGAUCCCUUCCUUCCUUGUGGCUCCAUUAUUUCUGAGGCUUUCUCUCUUCCUGUGGUUUACUUCCUUCGUGGAAUUCCUUGUGGAUUGGAUCUGGAGGCUACUCAGUGCCCCGCACCUCCGUCCUAUGUCCCACGCUUGUUUCUAGACAACACCAAUGUCAUGACCUUUCCUCAGAGAGUCAAGAACGUGCUCAUGGCAGGUUUCGAGGGUGUCCUGUGCAAAAUACUUUUCUCCAGUUUUGAUGAACUUACCAGCAGAUAUCUUAAGAAAGAUAUUUCAUAUAAAGAAGUCCUUGGAAAUGCAGCAAUUUGGCUUCAUAGAUAUGACUUCACCUUUGAAUACCCAAAACCUGUAAUGCCCAAUAUGGUAACAAUCGGGGGCAUCAAUUGUGCCAAGAAGAAACCUCUGCCUGCGGAGCUGGAGGAGUUUGUGGAUGGAUCUGGAGAUCAUGGCUUCAUCGUGUUCACUUUGGGCUCCUUUGUGUCCGACCUGCCCGAGUAUAAAGCCAGAGAGUUUUUCGAGGCUUUUAGACAGAUUCCUCAGAGGGUUCUGUGGAGAUACACUGGCCCUGUUCUGAAAGACGUUCCUGAAAAUGUCAAACUGAUGAAGUGGCUUCCACAGAACGACCUCUUAGCUCACCCCAAGGCCAAGGUGUUCAUCACACAUGGAGGAUCCCACGGGAUCUACGAGGGGAUCUGUAACGCCGUGCCCAUGGUGAUGAUCCCACUGUUUGGAGAUCAGAGAGACAAUGUUCUCCGCAUGGUGUCACGUGGAGUGGCAGAGAGCCUCAACAUGUACGACCUGACCUCAGAGAAACUCCUGGAGGCGGUCAGGAGAGUCAUCACCGACAAGAGCUACAAAGAGAAAAUAACAGAGCUGUCUCUGAUCCAUAAAGACCGUCCGAUCGAACCACUGGACUUGGCCGUGUUCUGGGUGGAGUUUGUGAUGAGACAUGGAGGAGCUGAGCACCUGAGACCGGCAGCUCACCACCUCAACUGGAUUCAGUACCACAGUCUCGAUGUCAUCGGCUUCCUCCUGCUCAUUCUCACCGUCAUCGUUUACAUCACCCUCAAAACCUGUGCGUUUAGUUUUAGGAAGUGCUUCAGGAGGACUCAGAAGACCAAGAAGGAGUGACAUGGCCAGAGCGGGAUUAGGAAACUAAUCAAUUUAGUUCUGUCUGUAGGGAUGAUGAUUUAUGGCUAUGAUGUUAUACUGUGACAAUGUGAAAUAGUUACCUAUAGUGUUUAUUUUCAUAUUCAAAGGUUCCAAAAUUUACUCAUUACAGUUUAUAACCUACUGCUACGCUGAUAUAAAACUAAACAAGCAUUAUGAUCCUUAAAAUUUCAAGCUAAAGGGGUCAAGCUGAUUUACAGAAGGAGAAAUGUGAAACGUACUUAAAUAAUUAUCUAUCUUAUGUUUUUUUUUAUGUCGAUUAAUGAAUUAACUAGCUAAUGUAGCGUUCUCUGCGUUCUCUCCAAAUUCACACCGAUGAGAUCUGCUAUACAGUUUGUUCAUUACUUCCCUAGCAUCUCAUGCUAACUACAAAUAGAAAACAAAGAAUCUGUUCAUAGGUCUGUCGAAUUGGUGCUUCAAAAUUUACCCAGUGUGUGUGUGCAUACUUCUGCCCUGUGACGGACUGGCACCCUGACCCGGGUGUACCCCGCCUGGUGCCCCAAGCUCCCUGGGGUAGGCUCCAGGAUAAGUGCUAUAGAGAAUGAGUGAAUGGCAACAGGACUCAUCCACUAUUCUCUAUUAUUCAUUAUUAAAUACCCAAACAUGCAGGAUAGAACUAAUUACAUUCAUUUAGCAAAAACUGCAUAAACCAAGUUUAAAUGGUGUGUUUUAUCAUCAUUAAUGUCAGCUGAAUUUAUCCUGACUACAGACUCAUGGGACAUACAAAAGUAUUUUUCUCUCUACAAUGC